AUGUAUUUUGAUAAAAUACAAAAUCAUGUUGAAUUAACAUGUCAAUUUUCAACAGGUGAUGUACGUGAUUUACUACGUACACGUGAUUUAUUAUCCUAUGGACAACUUUCAUAUGAUACUAUAUUAACAUCAAUCCAAAAUUCAUUUAUAUAUCUAUCUGAUUUAUUUCCAUCAUCACAACAUUUAUCAAAUUUAUAUGAUUUAUGUGAUGAAUAUUUUCGUACAUGGUUUGAUAAAGAUGAUUUAAUGAUAUCAUUAAUAAGUUAUAAUUUAUGUAAAUCUGGUAUAUUAUUUGAACAAGCAACAAAAGAAUAUAAUGAAUUAUAUAUACAUUUAAUUGAACAUAAUUAUAAAUUAAUAACUAAAACUCAUGCAUAUGCAUCAUGUUUAUUUUUACUUGAAAGUCAUGAAGUUGAUUUAAAUUCAUAUGAUAUUUUAUUAUCAUUAAUUAAAGAUGAUAAUUUAACAAAAAAAUAUAUCAAUUAG